UAUCAUUGGUUGGAAAAGGGUCUGGUCACGUGAUAUCCCGAAACCGAAAUUCUCUAAGUUGGUGAUAUCAAUUCAGAAACGCGGGGAGAUGUUGAUGACUCCGAAGCGUAUACCGACCGUUCGUAAACAAACCGAAGUAUGAACUAUUUGUGAUACUCAUUUAACGGAGAAAAAUCUUAAUCAAUUUAUAGUGCAAUAUUUAGAUUUCGACUAGCAGAAAAUUAUACGAAUAGAUUUGAUAUGCAAUAAUGAGUAUAUUAAAGAAAACAAGACUAGAUCUUCGACGGUGAGUUUCAAUUUUUCUCCCCGUUAUUCCUUACGUGAGUAGCGGCUUGAGAUUUUCGAAGCUCCGAUGAAAGUUACAAUGCCUAGAGCACUUUAAUAUUUUAACUAUUGUCAAUAAAUUAAAUCGUAAAGCAACAAAUAAAAACUUUGACAUAAUCAAAAUAAUAUUUUUAACGCUAAAUUUUAAAAAUUCAUGAAAUUGUUGCGAUUCUGUUUAAAAUAAAAUCAAGAUUUCAUUCACAUCUUAUAGACAGCUGACAAAAAAACAGAAACUAUUUAAAGCAGUUUUACAACUGUCUACCUUCUUUAAAAGAGUUAAACGACACAAGAAAAACUAUUACCAGAAAACGUUUAAGGAAUGAGUGUGUGCAACAAAGUAAAACAUUAGUCACCACCCCUAAGGUGAAAAAGACUUUUUCUCACUAAUCUAUUGAAAUUUCGCAAACCAAGAUUUCAAAACAGCGAUUCGAAAUAAAAUUACAAAAAAAUUUUUUUUUGCUGAAUAUAUCUAUUUGAUAAGCAAUUCUUCAGAUUUUAUUUUACAAAAUUCCUGUGAUAAAAAAAUUGUUGAUUUUACAAGCAAGAUGCUUGUGAUUAUUUUAAAAUGACAAAACAGAAGUUAACUUCCAAUUAAGAAGUCUAUUCAGAAUGGAAGUAACAUGUGAAAGCGGUUUUAUUAAUAGUCAACCAUCUAUGGCCGAAUUCAUGACGGCCCUACCCCAUAUCAAUGAAACUUUUCACCGAGUAUCAUCAAUCAAUGCGAUGCAGACAUCAGUGCAGCCUUCCCUUUGUCAGCUGGAAGUCUCCCCCCAGCCUUCCAGCACGAUGCAUGGUACUGUAAAUACAUCUCCAAGUCCACCCAGCAAACAGCAUCCCGGUCUCAAUUCCAAUGUUGCUGAAUAUCCAUGGAUGAAAGAGAAAAAAACAUCUAGGAAACAGCAUCAAGAAAACAAUGAAAACGGGAUGCCUCGUCGCCUGAGGACUGCCUACACUAACACGCAGCUGCUAGAGCUGGAGAAGGAAUUCCACUUCAACAAAUAUUUGUGUCGACCGAGGCGCAUUGAAAUUGCUGCUUCGCUUGACCUUACAGAGCGUCAGGUCAAAGUGUGGUUCCAAAAUCGGCGGAUGAAGCAUAAACGUCAGAGUAUGAUGACCAAAAAUGGUGAUGAAAAGGGUGAGAUGGAAGGUAGUGAAACACCAACUGCUUCAUCCACUCCCACUGGAAAUGGUUCAACACUUUCUGGGAAUGAAGGAGAUACAAAUAAGACAGAUUCUGCUGAUGACCGAUCUGCUACAGAAACAUCUUCUUCUGUUGGUAGUCCCGAGAGAACACCACGAGGUACUAAAAAACCUCGUGAAAUCUCUUCUGAUAGAACUGCCAUAGACAGGUCACCUUCGUCAACAGCUGCUUUGACAGGUAGUAACGACAUUGGUGAUGCUCUCUCACCUUGUUCCUCUUCUGAGAGACUUUUAAAUCUAGAUUCAGAGUUUUCGACUCACCAACAGAAUAGAAUAAAUUCUCCUAGUUCUGCUCAGAUUAGUGCAGCGACUGACACAUCGCGGAAAGGAAGUCCAGUGAUCAGCGACCUAAAGUCUCCUGACAAUUCACUUUCAUCAUCUCCGCCAACAGAACCACUCAUGCACAAUCUUAAUGGCUUAGGCUCUGAUAGGCCACAAACAAUUGUUAAUAGUGAGGCCAAAAAUAGCAGAGCUCUAUGUUCAGGAAUGUCAAAUGGUCACCUCACUGUGACAAGCCGAGGUGCCCGAAAACUUUCUCAAUCGUGUCCGAUGGACACUACAAGCAUACCGUUCUGUAAUUCUCCGUGCAAUAUUAACUGCUCACCAGUAACGAAUAGUUCCCAUUGCACAAGUCCUGGUGGCGUUUAUCAGAUGAACUCACCACACUGUCCUCCGCCCCAUAUGUCUCCUAGUUCAUCUUAUCAUAGAACACGUUCAUACUCAUCUGCAGUUCCUUACACACCAGAUCCUAAUGGUUUGAUGGGUUAUAACCAAACAAACCACAGAGGAAUGUCUCCAAAUGUGAGUCAAGGUGGAUAUUGUUACCGCACACCACCAUCUACACCAAAUCAACAACAAUCUUAUCAGCAUCCUUCUCCUCAGCGCAUGGAUAAUGAUUGGAUAUCGCAACAAAACUCAUAUGGAAACCAAGUGCAAUCAUCAAUGUAUUAUGCAAGUGAGCGGUCAUGUCAAUCUCAACAUGGAUCAAUGCCUCACAAUUCAGGGUCACAAAUGGGAAGUAAUGUAUCUCUAGGUUCCCAUUCUGUUGCACCUCAACGGGCUACUUCACAUACCUCACCCGUCUCCAAAUCACCUUAUCCAUACUCAGUGGAUUCUUUACCUCCACAAGAUGCACCACAUCAACCUCAUUCUCAUGCUGCUUACAUGCAUGACUACAGAAAUGAAAUCAACUCCAGUUAUAUCAACAGAAAUUACAACAAUCUUCAUACUAACAAUGGUUAUGAGUCAAGUGUUAGUUCUACCGGUGAACAAUAUGUACCAAACAGUAUUAAUCCUGAUGGCUCUGUCUCAUAUUGCUAUCCACAUCACAGCAAUAACAACAGUGGUUAUCGCGCAGAUUCAUUUGAUGAAAAUGCAUCCCAAACAAUUUAUUAUGAUUUAAGCAACAGUACGGGCAACAACAAUCGAGUACCCGAUUACAGUGCAACAGCCCCAAAACAGAAUUUUCCCCAAACAAGCAAUCUCUACGAGGUGAGCCAUACAGUUGGUGACACUGCAAACAUUCCCACAUAUAACCAAAAUUCAGAAAAUUACAGAGGACAGUGCUCAACAGAAGGUGACUUAUCCUUCAGCUAUUAUGACUCAUCAGAUAGUUUUACCUCAAAUAACAACAAUAAUGGAGCAGCAAACAACAAUUCUUGUGGUACAUCUGACUUCAACUUCCUGACCUUAGCUAGCGAGUUUUCCUCAUCUGAAUAUUAUCAGCUAAGCUGAAGAAAAAAAUUCAUAUUCUUUGCUCUAAGUUUACUUGCGUCACAGGUGCAUGUAUCCUACACACUGCACAUGAAGGUGCAUAAACCCGGUUAUAUAUUUGUGCUAAAGCAAACCCCAGGUGACGAAAUUGAUUAACAAUCUAUGCUAAGAAGAAUGGGAGUAUUUAUUUUCAAUCAAAAGCAACCAGAGCUUUUUUUUGUUCGGUUGAUUAUUUUUGCAAUAAAUUUCUAGUCCAGAUUUUAUUUAC